GGGAUUGACAAUCCAGUUAUCAUCUGACAGCGCUUCGUUUAAAUGGAUUCUAUUCUCUGGAUAUCAUUUUUAGCUGUUUGCAACUUUAUAUGGAAAAUUAAAGGAACACCAACUUUAGAUUUGGGAACAGGGAACACAGUAGUACCAGAUGAUGGUAGGCAGAUUUCAGGAACUACAACUACCUGCUUCAGCUCCACUCCUACAUUUAUAUGGAAAUUAGUGUCAGAAGAUGGACGUUCCUCCCUCUCACAGCUCCAAGGAGGAUCAGUCGGUGCAAUAAGUGAAGGAAGUUGUGGCGGUGGUAGUAGUUUGUACUCUGGAUCUGUGUCUGUUUCUUAUGGUACUGUUAACCCGGCAGUGUUUGGACAGACAGUGAGGAUACGUCUCACGAUCAACAACAAUCCUCAGAUUUCUACCACGUCUACUGGGACUCUGUCAUUUAUAGUUUACUACAAUUUGACUGGAUCUUCCCCAGCUGCUACACUGGGACAGCAGUUCACAUGGACUUGUCAUAGGAAGCCUAAUCCAAACGAUACUGUUCCUGGUGUUAAAUUCUACAGAAAUGAGAAAGAUGUUGGUGGAGUUGCAGAGAUAUCAGGAUGUCAAUUGGCAGAUACUAAUACCAGAUACAGUUUUGGUUGUACCUCAGAGACAGAGUACACUCUUACCAUUCCAAGUCAAAAUAUGACAGAGUACGAACAAAACUCGGUGUGGAGAUGUGGAUUCUAUGACAGACAAACAGCUUACAGCAGUGUACAGAAACGACUCAUAAUAGCAAUUGAUGUCAGCAGUGUGACUCUGGAGCCCCGUGACAACCCGCUUACCCUGAUGGAGGGAUCGGACCGUGAAGUCCGGUGUACUGUCAACUCCAACGCCUUCCCUACACCAACGUAUGCCUGGUUUAUUGACACGAGAGAUAUAACCAGCACAGCGGGAUCUGAUACUUCUUCCGUCAGCAUCACAGGAAGUAAGGCAGACAAUGGGAAAGUACUCCGAUGUCAGGCGACCAAUAAUAACAGACCAAAGAACGGCAAUACUGUCCUCAAUAUUACAUACGAACCAACUACAAGUGUUACCCCAUCUAGUCCUUACCAGAUCAGAGAAGGUGAUACAGCGGUGAUAUCGUGUGUAGUGACAGACGCUAACCCCAACACUGGGAUCACAUGGAGCUGGACAAAGACAGGGAACCCUGCUGUCUCAUACACGGGUCAGAACUACACAAUUCCUAACAUAAAGAGAUCACAGAGAGGAACCUACCAGUGUACAGCUACAAACUCUAUAGAGACUUCUGUACCAGCCACAGUACAGGUGGAUGUACAGUAUCCGCCCACUGUGUCCCCUUUGAAGAACAGAGAUGUUAUUGAAGGAAGUGACCUUGCAAUCACAUGUUCUGUCACCAAUGGAAAACCUUCCCAGACCACUGUCUACUGGACCAAGUCAGGUGACUCUGGAUUUAGACAAAACAAUGCUACACUACAGAUAACAAAGAUAAACAGAUCCAGUUCUGGUUCCUACACUUGUACAGCGGAGAACAUCUACACUAUUGGUGGAAAGGGAACCGGAAGUCAGGCAGUGAAUGUCAAUGUUUUGUAUCCACCCACUGUGUCCCCUUUGACGAACAGAGAUGUUAUUGAAGGAAGUGACCUUACAAUCACAUGUUCUGUCACCAAUGGAAACCCUUCCCAGACCACUGUCUACUGGACCAAGUCAGGUGAUUCUGGAUUUAGACAAAACAAUGCUACACUACAGAUAACAAAGAUAAACAGAUCCAGUUCUGGUACCUACACUUGUACAGCGGAGAACAUCUACACUAUUGAUGAAAAGGGAACCGGAAGUCAGGCAGUGAAUGUCAAUGUUUUGUAUCCUCCUACAAUACAAGAUGGUUCAACAAUCACUGUGAAUGAGAGUCAGAGGGCCAUACUGACACGAAAUAUCUCAAGUAACCCUGCCUCUAACAUGUCCUGGUAUUCUAGAGGAGUCCUGAUUCAUACCCAAACAUCGGUGAACACUGCUGAACUGAAGAUAGAAAAUACUGAAUGUACAGAUACUGGGAAUUAUACUCUGAAUGUCAGUAAUGGAAUAACUCACGAUGACUCUGCGCAAGUGGAACUGCUUGUUAACUGUAAACCAGAAACGAAAGGAAAUAUAACGCUUGGGAUAACGGAUACAAUUGGAAUUGAGUUUUCAACCACUCUCAUCGCAUAUCCUCAGCCACGGCAUACUCUUUAUUAUGAAAACAAAACCGUUAGUGAAAAGAUGACAAGCAGACUUUCCAGGAAUGCUGUGAAUAAUUUUACAAUCACAUACAACAAGACGUCUGUUCAGCAGAAUGACUAUGGAGUUUACCUAUUGGAAAUCACCAAUUCCUUUGGAAUAUCAGAUAUAUAUAUCAAUAUCAUUCCUCAAAGAAAGCCAAAUGCACCAGAAGUAAUCAGUGUACUUUGCAAUGUGGAAAGAGCUGAAGUAACAUGGAAAUCCUCCUUCAAUGGCGGAGCUGCGC